AUGGACCAAACGGAAAUUCGUGUUCCAUUUCUUCAAAGACAUCUUCAUACCAGUUUCACGCCUUCGCGGCCUUUUUUCGGUAAAUGAGGGUAAACGGGUUUCCGGGACGAAAUUAACCAGUCCUGAAUUUUGCUUACCAUUUGUCCAAACCGUGAACCGACCCGUUUGCCCAUGUAAAUGGUAAACAGCCCUUGAGUACGUUCAUUUUAGUCUCAUAGAUCGUUUUCACGUGACGUCACGGAAUAUAUUCCCGCCAUGUUGGUGCACAUCUGAGUCAAGUGAUUAGCUUCUAACAACCAGCAAACACAGUCAAACAUUAUAAUUUCUGUUUAUGUAAGAUUGAUUCUUGGUGAAAAAUUUCAUUUUUGUUCGUCUGAUCCAGACUAUGGUGUUCGCGGGUGGUACCUCGCGGCUGCCUUGUUUGUUUUCAUUCAUCCACUCAACUCACUUAUAUUUUAGGUGAUGAAUUAUCUUCAAAGUUACGUUUCAUUAAAAAAGAAUUCGAUAAUUAUUAAGUAAAAGAAUUCCAAAAAGGAGCAUUUCCUCUCGAACGUGGAAUUGUGAUGUUUUAGAGUGCAAAAAACCUUGCGGUAAAUCAGCACUUUCCUCUAGAGCGUGGUCAAGCCAUACGCAUGUGAACCCUGACGGCCAUGCCCUGGUAACGUGACUUCUUGACGUUCACGGUGCGCGGGAAAUGCCGAAGAAUUCGAUCUUAAGGUCUCUAUUAACAUCAAUCAAAGGCAUACAUUUUCUUCCAAGCCUCGCAAACGAGGUGGAAAAAUACUCUAGAAUGUAAGUGGCAACUCUUGAAUCUAGAUAUCAACAUAACCUCAGCUAAGGUAAUCAGUGAAAGAUGACUGAUGCAACGAUUUAUACGACAUCAUCUCAAAAUCAGCUCAAAUCGCCUCAAAAAUACGUAACACAAGGGGAAAUUUCAAUUCAUGUUUUAUUUAAGCUUACUCAUUGUCGUUUACAUUGCCGGAGAAAUGAACGCUUCCUUACCAACACACUUGCCAAAUAAAAUUCAUGUCAUGGUCGCGCCAUUCAAAUCACGGCAAAAAGCAACCCAGAAUCUCCACCUUUUGUAACGCAGGUUGUGUUAAAUUUACCAGCACUCUUAAAAUACACUUUCUUAAUACACUGCUGCUGCGGUGCGAAAUGCAUAGUGGAAGUCCUCUUUUCAUUUUAGUCCCUGUCCUAGUUUCACUUUCUCAUGCUCUACUUCCAUCGCUGAGUCUAAUGUCUAAGGAAAUGUUUACCUUUAUCCUGCUUCAUAAAGGUUUGGUUUCUUGGACUCGGUUUUUUCCGGAAGCCGCCUUAUAUGUUCUGUUUCAGCCCGAGAUAGUUCAGCUCUCUCGUAUUCCUUCACGACAGCUUCUAGAUUGGCUGGAAGCUGUUUGGCAGGAUCACAUUUCUCUAGACCAAGAUUUGGCGUUGGAACCCAAUCAGCAGGAUCGUUCCUGUCUCACAGUUUUGCCGCUUCUCCCGAGAUAAAAUGUUUACCGCAGUCUCGGCCAUGCUCCAAAAACUCAGUCUGUACUGAUCGCAGCUAUCAAUUUGUUAAACGUCUUCUCGGAAAGUUUCAUCACGUCUUCACCUUGCUUGGAUAGGGCUUGAUGUAUUCUUGUCAUAAAAAUUCCUUAACACAGAAAGUGGGCGUCCCACAGCCAAAAACCGCCCGUAAAACCCCUCGUUGUCGCCCCGCUGAACUGUGGUCGUUUUAGUCGUUUUAAUACAUGUGAUGUGUACCAAUAGGGCGCCCGAUAGAAAGGUAGUCACGUGACUAAAAACGAUCCACAAAUUUCUAAUCACGUAGUGGCCUAGCUCAAGAGCAUUACAGGUCGUUUCAACAAGGAAUAUACUCGUACUCAUAAAGAAAAAACAAGUAUUUCUAGAAUGUAAAACUGAUGAAGUUCCCUUUUCUCCGUCCAGGUCCUCUGUGUAUAGUUGUAGAAUUCGCUCCGAAUGGUGACUUAAGACAGUUCUUGAGAGACAGGAGGCCAACCGUAGAAUGCCGUACAACAUUGACGCUCAUAGAUCUAGUGUCCUGCCCUUACCAGGUCUGCGCAGGAAUGGAAUAUCUUUCUUCGAAAAACGUAUGUGACAAAAUGUAG